UAGAGUCGUCACCUUCAAACAACGGAAUCACCUGACAGAACGAGAAAUAGCUCUCAUGUUGUAAUUGUCUGUCAGUUCAUCCUCUGAAAGUGGUUUGGAGUCGUUUGUUUAUUAAUACAGAAUGGGAGCCUGUAUGGCGUUGUGUUCUCUUGCGAGCUGUGCCUCGUGUUUGUGUGGCUCUGCUCCAUGUCUCCUCUGUGGCUGUUGUCCUUCUUCCAAUAACUCCACCGUCACCCGGCUGGUCUUCUCUUUCUUCCUCCUCCUGGGGACACUGGUGUCUGUAAUCAUGAUCUUGCCUGGCAUGGAGACGCAGCUCCGCAAGAUUCCUGGCUUUUGUCAAGGAGGAACCACAAUACCAGGAAUCGAGAACCAUGUUAACUGCGACGUGAUUGUAGGCUACAAAUCAGUGUACCGCAUGUGCUUUGCUAUGGCAUGCUUCUUUUUCCUGUUUUCCACAAUCAUGAUUCGUGUAAAGAGCAGCAAAGACCCUCGUGCCACUAUUCAGAACGGGUUCUGGUUCUUCAAGUUUCUGAUACUUGUUGGCAUCACCGUCGGAGCCUUUUUUAUCCCGGAUGGAACAUUUCAUGAUGUUUGGUUCUACUUUGGUAUUGUGGGCUCCUUCAUGUUCAUCCUGAUCCAGCUCAUCCUCCUGAUUGACUUUGCCCACUCCUGGAAUGAGGUGUGGGUGAGGAAUGCUGAGGAAGGGAACAGCAAGUGUUGGUUCUCGGGUCUGUUGUUCUUCACUGUCCUGCAUUACGCCCUGGCCUUUGCAGCAGUUGUGCUGUUUUAUCUCUACUACACCAAACCCGACAACUGCGCCGAACACAAGUUCUUCAUCAGCUUCAACCUUAUUCUCUGCGUCAUCAUAUCUGUGGUUUCAGUUCUGCCAAAAGUGCAGGAUGCCUCACCUCAGUCUGGUCUGCUUCAGUCCUCUAUUAUAACUCUGUACACUAUGUACGUCACGUGGUCAGCCAUGACCAACAAUCCUAAUCGUGAAUGUAACCCUAGUUUGCUCAGCCUGGUGUCCAAUAUCAACAAAACUGAGGCCAUGCCUACAAGCUCCCCUGGGAUGGUGCAGUUGUGGGAUGCUCAAGGCAUUGUGGGAUUGGUUAUCUUCCUCUUCUGCACCUUUUAUGCCAGCAUCCGUUCAUCCAGUAAUGCACAGGUGAACAGGCUGAUGCAGACAGAGGAAGGGAAGGGCAGUGUGGGAGGGGAGGAGGUGGGUGAAGACGGACUGCGGCGUGCCAUGGAUAACGAAGAGGAUGGUGUCACAUACAACUAUUCCUUUUUCCACUUCCACCUCUUACUAGCCUCUCUCUACAUCAUGAUGACGCUCACCAACUGGUACAAACCUGAUAUAACCACUCAGGCCAUGCAGAACACUAUACCUGCAGUGUGGGUGAAGAUCAGCUCCAGCUGGCUGGGUCUGGGGCUCUACCUGUGGACGCUUGUGGCUCCUGUCAUUUUCCCCAAUCGAGACUUCAACUGAGCUCGAGUGGGUGAGACUCUCUCACCUAUUCAAGCUGGCCACGUUUGUGCUAUGUUAGAAAUAUUACAAUCUCCAAAAACCAUUAAAUAGCCAAGACUGUAAGCAAUUAGAAUCUGAAACGGACUACUGGUGACUAGUCUCAUAGGCCCAGUAGGUACUUACACAUAUAAAAAAAACAUGGACAACAGCAAAAGUAUAUGAUGCCAUGACAAUGACACUUAAGUCUGUUUCAGCUGUUCAGUAAAUUCCGUUUUGCUUUGAUUCCUCCGUCCUUUUACAGACCUGCCAACCUGUAUGCAUUUUGACCUCAAAGUACGCUGGUACGAUUUGUCACUCUAAACUACGCAAAAAUCUAGUAACACCCCUGUCCUCGCGCAGUAUUCAAAACAAGCAACAGAAAAAGAUGAAGAGGUCAACCAAUCAGAGUGUUUUUUUGUUUUUUGCAUUUAAAUAAUUUCUGCGUUUUAUUUCUCUCCUAGUAGCCUAUAGUUUAUAGCAGGGUUCCUCAAAUCUUUCCCUGGAGGGCCAAUGCGCUGCAGAGUUUAGAUCCAACCCUGAUCAACCUCACCUACCUGUGAUUUUCUUAUGAUCCCGAAGACAUUAAUUAGCUUCCUCAGGUGUGUUUGAUUAGGGUUAGAGCUAAACUCUGCAAGAAAGUGGAUCUCGAGGGCCAGAUUUGAGGAUCCCUGGUUUAUAGUUCCAGUUCAAAGCGGCUUGCGCUCCCCCCGUUAGAUGCUCUGACAGAAAGGCUGCGUGUGAGGCUGACAAAGACACACUGUUUAAUGUGUUUGAGAUGUGCUGUUUUCCUUAAUGCAAAAUUUAAUGUUAAAAAAGCCUUUGAAAUAUUUCCACUUUGCUGUCAGAAGUGCAUGAGCUUUUGCUUUAGCGAUUCUCCGCUAUACUCCACAGACUUCAUUUAGAACGAGCGCCGUCGCGCAUGUGCACCAAACAGACAGCUCAAUGAAAUGGGAGCGCAAUAACUCUGACUAAAAUAUACAUUUUGUUGAAAUAUUUGUAGUUGGACAAUAAAUGUGACAUGUAGAAUUUUAAACCUACAAGUAAGUGUAUUUGUAUGAUAGCACUAACUGUAAAGUGUAAUGGGGUAAUCAAAAUAGCCUUUUUACUCAAUUAGUCUGUGCUUUUUAUUAUUUUAAUUUUUAGUUUAGUAACUUUAACUUCUGCUUUAAAAAGAAUUUUUUUUUAGAUUACAAUGUUACAAUUUAAUGUGAUUUUUACCCCUUUUUUUGCGCAUAAUAUUUGCCUACAUGCUUACAUUAACUUUAUUU